GUUGAGUACGGUAACAAAAAUAGAACUGUCACUCGCUACACAAUCACAAUUCUAUCAGUCAAAUGACGAUGCAGAGUUUUUAGUAAAUAUUUUGAUUUGCAAAGUAAACAGAAAAAAAUCACAAUUUUUCUGCGUGCAAUUCAUAAUUUUUGAUGUGUGAUCAAGUCAUUUAGGUUGAAUUCUCAUAUUUUUUAGGUUUUCAUUUUGAGAUCAUUGGGUAGGAAAUCAUGUCAAGUUCACCGGCAAAACACAAAUCCAGUCACCACCAUCACCAUCAUCAUCGUGAACACCAUCACUCGUCGAGCUCAGGUGGUCAUUCUAGCAGCUCAUCAGUGAAAUCGAUGCUGAAUUUACCUUCAUAUAUCAAAAUUCAAGACAAUUCAAAGCUGCUGCCCCACUACAGUGUUGCUUUGAGCAAGCCACACGAUGAAUGCAUGCCGAUGGAUGAGUUGGAUGGGAUUCAAAUGGAGUUAGAGACACUUUUGUCAUCUGUUGCAUUGCGUUAUCGUGCAUUGAAAACCGAAUACGAUUGCCUGGAGGAUCGAAAAUACCAUAAGAAAAGCGCGGACAAAGAUAAGGAGAAGGCAAGCUCACCGAGCGUAAGCAGUGGCAAACGAAAACGAGAGGAAAAGAAAUCGUCGUCAUCAUCAAAAGACGCAAGACGUUACAGUCAACAUGCAAAACACUCAAAGUUGAAGAGCAAUUCAUCAAAUUCGCCGGCUCAUUCACAUCACACCGAUCACAGUGCUGAUGUAACAGUGCCUUACCCAAACACAAGUGCAGGUCAUUCACACACAAAUCCAAAGCCAAUUUCACUCAAAAACGAUGUGCCGUACAAAUUUUGGCUAUCAGUCGAACCGUACUGUAUCCCCAUAACGCAAGAAGACAUUAAAAUGUUGGACGAUCUAAUUGAUGAUUUUCCAGAGCCGUUAGUGCCUCCAGUUCCGGAGUUGGGGCCACAUUACUCCAUUCGAUGGGCAUCCGAUGAUUUGCGUGAAGAGCAAGACGCCGCAAAUGCAACUUCAAAUACAAAAUCAAGCAAACGUUCAAAUAGUACUUCGGUCGAUGUGAGUGAUUCACCGAAGAAGGUCAGUGAAAAAGAGAAGGAGAAGGACAAAGACAAAGACAAAGACAAAGACAAAGAGAAAGACAGAGAGAAGCAAAAGGAGAGAGAAAAGGAGAAAGAGAAAGAAAAAGAGAAAGAAAAAGAGAAAGUCGAAGACAAGGAGAAAAUCAUGGGUCAAGGAAUUUGUGGCCCAUUGACGCAACGGUUGGUAUCAGCGAUGCUGGAAGAUACGUCCGAAAUGCAAAGUGACGUUGUUGGAUGCAGCGAUGCCACUGGUCAAGAUGGUGGUGAGAGUUGCAACGAGAAUAAUCCAUCGUCAGCAAAUCGGGCACAAACCUCUUCGAUUGCUUCGCUGCUAAAAGGUGGCAUUGAUGUGGAAAAUCGUCUGAAGAAGGAGCUGCUUGAUCUGGGAAUACUGGAAGCGAGUGAUUUUGAAAAAGACAAAGAUGAGGUGCUUAGUGAAAUUAACCGUGUUCGAACCGAACUCCAAGCCAUCUCUCAGUACAAUCGCAACGAACUGAAAUUACUAAGAACCGCCGCCAAAGAGGAAAUGAAGCGUCUGGACGUUAAACGUAAACUAGAUCGAAUUGAUAAAGAUAUUAUUGAAGCUCACAAACGGGUGUUUGCUGCUAAACAAAAACGUCGACCACUCACAAAGCAUGAACGCAAUGAGAUUUUCCGCUUAGUCAACGAACAGAAACGACUAUCCGAUCAGCUGGAAGCGAUGCCGAUUCCAGGCUUCAAUUUUACCGUUGGUUCCAUCGAUGCUCCGUCAUCUUCGAAAACCGAAACUGCCACGAACACACCAAAAGCUUAACACAAAAUUCUGCCUUAUUAUCAUCGAAACAUAUUAAAAUUGCAAUCAAUAUAUUUACAACAAUUGAGAAUCUAUUGGUUUUUGAAUCAAUUUCGAAUGCAAUAUUUUUUUAGUAGUAGUACAAGUUUUGCAUAGACUUUUUUCAAAAAAAAUUUAUUCGAUUUUGCAAUGUACAAAUGACAUAAACUAUUGUGAUUUUGUUUUAACUUGAAACGUAUACACAACAGAUUUGGUUAAUAAUAAAAUCCUGAAUUGCUGGUUCAAUUGAAUCAUGAGAUGGUC